AUGGGCUUAAACCUUAAAUUAUUAAUAAAUUUUUUGUUAGUACCCAUAAGAAUGGAGUUGAUGAACUAUGAAAAGCUUGUGGUUAUGUCUGAGCCAAGCACCGACUCAACAAAAGUCAGAAUUGUGCUCUGCAGUAAUACUGAAGAAGGCGUUAGCAUAAUAUCCGACGAAAAGGAUUCUUCACAUCGAGAAUUCCUUAAUAGUUUAGGUGCCAAAGGGAAUUUGGGUGAAAACUACAUACUUCCUGAGCGAAAUGGAAGGAUAACCGUGUUUGUAGGCAUAGGCAAGGUAGACGAAAAUAUACUUCUUGUCAAAAGUAACGCAAGAAAAGCAGGAGCUUCUGGAUACAAAGCAGUAUCUCAGUUUAGAAAUAUAGAAAUAUCGUUGGGUUCGGAAUUCAUGGCAAGGGAGGUUGUAUCUGGAAUAAUACUAGCUUCAUAUAAAUACCAGUUUUUAAAUAAGGAAGAAGGAGAAUCUAAGAGAAUGGCAAUAAAUUCUCAAGUUGACGCAGUUAAAAAGGCAAUAACGAUAGGAAAUGCACAGAACUUUGCUAGAUUCUUAGGAGACACACCAGCAAAUCUCAUGAAUCCAACGUUAUUUACAGAAUAUGCCACCAAAUACCUACAAGGUAAAAGAAACGUCACAGUUGAAGUGUUUGGUAAGGACUUUAUGAAAAGUAAGUCCAUGAAUCUUCUUUUAAGUGUUUCCCAGGGGUCAUCCCAAGAGCCAAAGCUUUUGGUUGCUAAGUAUAGGGGAAAGAGUGGGGAAGGUGUGGAUCUUGCAUUGGUCGGGAAGGGGGUUUGCUUUGAUUCCGGUGGAAUAUCACUAAAGCCGUCUGCACGAAUGUGCCGUAUGAAGGGAGACAUGCUUGGUGGCGCUUCAGUUCUAAGUGCUUUUGGAGUUAUCGCUGAUAUGGGUGUAAAGAUAAAUGUGGAUCUUGUCAUUCCAUUGGUGGAGAAUCUUCCCAGUGGUACUGCAACAAAGCCUGGUGAUGUUUAUAUAGGCAUGAAUGGGAAGAGUGUCGAGAUUGACAACACAGAUGCCGAGGGAAGACUUAUUCUUGCCGAUGCACUUGUAUAUGCACAGGAGAGAAAUCCAACUUACGUAUUUGAUGUUGCCACAUUAACAGGGGCUAUGUCAAUUGCCCUUGGGGAUGUAUUUAUAGGAUAUUUCACUGAGGAUGACAAUCUUUCUGAAAUGAUCUAUAGAAGUGGAAUUGAUGCCAACGAUCCUACAUGGAGAAUGCCCUUGUCGCAGCUGUAUCUACCAGCGAUGAAGUCGGAUGUUGCAGACUUGAAAAACACGGGAGAAGGAAGAUAUGGUGGAUCUUCAAGUGCUGCCAUAUUUUUGAAUGAGUUCGUCAAGAAGGAAUGCAAAUGGGUCCACUUUGAUAUUGCAGGUGUAAUGGGGAGCAACAAUAACAAAGGGGUUUACGGAGAUGGAAUGACAGGUUGUUCUGUUCCUGUAUUGGUUGAAAUAAUCGAGAGGCUGUCUGGAGUAAUUAAUUAA